AGUCAGAGUCAUACAUGCACACACUGAGCUGAAGCAAACUACAGCAAUGGACAGCACUAGAAGAUUUGAAAUCUAAUCACAUGCAUUAUACCUCUUGGAUAUAUUUUUAAUCACACACACACACACACACACACACACACACACACACACACACACACACACACACACACACACACACACACACACACACACACACACCUACAUAUAUAUAUAGAUAAAUAGAUACAGAUAUAGACAGCGACAAUCUCAUCCACACCACCUCCAAACAAACACCUUUUUCUUUUCUCAGAGGAUACACAUACACACACAUCUCUCUUUAUCUCCUCCUGGCUUCCUGGAGGAUUGUGCCGGCUGUUUUUCAUGGAGAAAGUCCAGGGAGAAAUGGAGAUUGAGAGAUGGGAAAGGAGCGAAGAGCUGUCAGAUGCCGAGAAAAAGGUGAUUCAAGAGACCUGGAGCAGAGUGUACAUGAACUGCGAGGAUGUUGGGGUCUCCAUACUGAUCAGGUUUUUUGUCAAAUUCCCGUCUGCCAAGCAGUACUUCAGUCAAUUCAAGCACAUGGAGGACCCCCUGGAGAUGGAGAGGACCCCACAGCUGCGCAAGCAUGCCCGGCGGGUCAUGGGCGCUGUUAACACUGUAGUGGAGAACAUCAACGACUCCGAAAAGGUCUCAUCUGUUCUGGCCCUGGUGGGCAAGGCCCAUGCCCUCAAGCACAAAGUGGAGCCUGUCUACUUCAAGUUCUUUACCGGCGUCAUGCUGGAGGUCAUCGCCGAAGAAUAUGCCAACGACUUCACCCCAGAGGUGCAGAGAGCCUGGACCAAGGUGAAGAGCCUCAUCUACACCCACGUGACUGCCGCGUACAAGGAGGUGGGCUGGGUGCAAUAUCCAAACUCCACCAUCGUGGAGAGCACAGGUGACCACGCAGAGCUCAUCAGCACAGGUAACCGUGAUGGAGUCCCAGGAUCGCAAAAGAGCUCCAGCAUGGACUGAACGGGAGGUACGGGAUCUGCUCGCCAUAUGGGGAGAUGAAGCAGUGAUAGCUGAACUCCGUAGCAGUAAAAGAAAUGGCAAAGUAUUAGAAAAGAUCUCCAAGGCCAUGAAGGACCGAGGCCAUAACAGGGACACACAGCAGUGCCGCGUGAAAAUUAAGGAGCUACGGCAAGCUUACCACAAAGCCAGAGAAGCAAACGGAAG